AUGGGGAGGUUCCCUUGCCACACGGGGACGACGGCGCCUAAAAGCGUGGAACGGGAGCGUCGUCAAAUGCGCAGCCUGCAGGACUUCGAGGUGCACUGCCGAGGGCGGGCUGACCUGCCGUUCAACUUCGUGCUGGCGCCGUCUGGUGCCGUAUACGAAGGCCGCGGCUGGGCGCUGGCAGCGGACCUCAGACUUGUGGGUCGAGACCUGGAACUGGACGUUCCAGACGAUGGCAGUGGCCGCCGCUGCCUGGCCGUGGCGCUGCUGGGCACGUUCUGCAGGCGCCUGCCGGCAUCGCCGGCUCUGGACGCACUGCCCUACCUGCUGGCCGAGGCGGAGCGCAGACGUGUGCUGACGCAGGACUACCGCGUCGUGGGCCACUGCCAGCUCACGGCCACCAGCAGUCCGGGCGGCGCGCUCUUCUCGCUCCUCAAGACGUGGCCGCGCUGGACCGACCGGCCGUUUGACGACGGGGGUCACGACGCUGAUGAAAGCGACAGUGCCCCAGGGCGCUGA